UCUCUACAAUGGCAGCCGGGGAGGCCUGAGCGCAGGAGACUUACCGUUAUUGAACAGGUCCCAGUAUAAGUCCGGUCAUGGCGAGUCCAGUGGUGCGUCAGAUUGACAAGCAGUUCCUCGUCUGCAGUAUUUGCCUGGAGCGCUAUCACAUUCCCAAGGUCCUGCCGUGUCUGCACACCUUCUGUGAGAGGUGCCUGCAGAGCUACAUCCCGCCGCAAAGCCUCACCCUUUCCUGCCCAGUAUGCCGCCAGACUUCCAUCCUUCCGGAGCGUGGGGUGUCCGCCUUGCAGAACAACUUCUUCAUCACCAACCUCAUGGAGGUUCUGCAGCGGAGCCCGGAGAGCGGCCGCCAGGAGCAGAGCGUGUUGCCGGGGGAGGGACACCCCUCCGGUACUUCGCUGUCUUGCCCCAACCAUCAGGGCAAGACCAUGGAGUAUUACUGCGGACCCUGCGAGACCGCCAUGUGCGCGGAGUGCACGGAGGGGGAACACCGGGAGCACUGCACCGUUCCAUUGAAAGAUGUUCUGGAGCAGCACAAAGCAUCACUCCGCAGCCAGCUGGACAACAUCAAGGGCAGAAUCCCUCAGCUGACCUCCGCCAUCGACCUUGUGUCUGACAUCAGCCGGCAGCUGAGCGAGCGGAAGAAUGCCGCUGUCAACGAGAUCUGUACGACGUUUGACGAGCUAGAGCGAGCUCUGCAGAACAGGAAGAACACUCUCUUGCAAGACCUGGAGGCCAUCUCUAUCACCAAGCAGAAGGUCCUCCAGGCACAACUCUCAGCAUUGAGACAAGGCCUAGACAACAUGGAGAGCAGCAUGCGUUUUACGGAACAGGCUCUUGGCCACGGCUCCGAGACGGAAGUGCUCUUGGUGAGGAAGCAGAUGAGCGAGCGAUUAAACGAGUUGGCUUCCCGUGACUUCCCUUUGCACCCUCAGCAGAACCCACAGCUUGAGUUCCGGGUGGAAACCGAUGGCCUUCGCCGUUCCCUCCAGAAUUUGGGGGCUCUUCUUACCACCAGCGCUGUGGCUCAUUUCUCCGUUGCUACAGGGGAAGGUCUGCGCCAAGCCUUGGUGGGACAACAGACUUCUGUCACGGUCACCACUAAAGACAAGGAGGGAGAGUUGGUCCGAAGUGGUAAUGCCAUUCUACAGGCCCAGCUGACUAGUCCGGAUGGAGCAAACCAUGAUGGGGAGGUCACUGACAAUAAGAACGGGACUUAUGAGGUGGUCUACACGCCACGUCACGAAGGAGAGCAUCAGCUGUCGUUGCGACUUUACGGCCAACCGCUACGUGGGAGCCCAUUUAGGGUGAGAGCUGUCAAACCUGGGGAUGUACCGGCCUCACCGGAAGAUGUCAAGCGCAGGGUUAAGUCGCCCAGCGGAGGGCACAUACGACAGAAGGCCGUGAGGAGGCCAUCGAGUAUGUAUAGCACCAACAAGAAAAAGGAGAACCCCAUCGAAGAUGAGAUGAUCCUGCGUGUUGGAUCCCGUGGUCGAGAGAAGGGUGAAUUCUCCAACCUGCAGGGCAUCUGUGCCUCCAGUAACAAUCGGAUUGUGGUGGCAGACAGUAAUAAUCAAUGCAUUCAGGUGUUCUCCAAUGAGGGCCAGUUUAAGUUGCGUUUUGGGGUUCGGGGACGGUCCCCAGGGCAGUUGCAGCGUCCAACAGGUGUGGCUGUGGACACAAAUGGCGAUAUUGUUGUGGCAGAUUAUGACAAUCGCUGGGUCAGCAUAUUUUCUCCAGAGGGGAAGUUCAAGAACAAGAUUGGUGUGGGUCGUCUGAUGGGUCCCAAAGGAGUUGCCGUAGAUCGGAAUGGUCAUCUGAUCGUAGUGGACAACAAAUCCUGCUGCAUCUUCAUCUUCCAGUCCAAUGGAAAAUUAGUGGGGAAGUUUGGAGGCCGCAGCCCAGGAGACAAGCAGCAGUCUGGAACGCUGGACGGGCCACAUUUUGUGGCGGUGAACAACAAGAAUGAGAUUGUGGUGACGGAUUUCCACAACCAUUCUGUGAAGGUUUACAGUGCUGAAGGAGAGUUCCUCCAUAAGUUUGGCUCGCACGGUGAGGGAAAUGGUCAGUUUAACGCUCCCACCGGCAUCGCUGUGGAUUCUAAUGGGAACAUAAUUGUGGCAGACUGGGGCAACAGCCGGAUUCAG